ACUUUUCAUUGUCCAAAAUGAAGUUGUUAACGACGCUUGUUCUGAGCGCACUGUUAGGAGUUGGAUUUUGUAGAAGAUUUCCACCCGGGUUCAAGUUUGGUGCAGCCACAGCUGCUUACCAGGUCGAGGGCGCCUGGAACGUCAGCGACAAAUCCCCAAGUAUCUGGGACACGUUCGUGCACACUAGACCAGAGAUUAUAGCAGAUAGAUCCAACGGGGACGUCGCCUGUGACAGCUACAACCAAUGGAUGAAAGACGUGGAAAUAGCUUCGGAGUUGGGAUUAGAUUUCUACAGAUUUUCUCUCUCCUGGCCAAGAAUUUUGCCAUAUGGUUUUGCAAAUAAGAUAAGUGAAGACGGAGUAAAAUUUUACUCAAAUCUCAUCGAUGCUCUAUUGGAGAGAGGAAUUGAGCCUGUCGUAACAAUAUAUCACUGGGAUCUGCCACAAAAUUUACAAGAUCUUGGCGGCUGGACCAAUCCUUUAAUAUCGGAUUGGUUUGCGGACUACGCUCGUGUUGUGUUCAGUCUAUACGCCGACCGGGUCAAGACUUGGAUCACUCUUAAUGAACCCCUGACGUUUUGCGACAUUGCUUACAAUUUUGGAGUUCACGCUCCUGGAAUAGUUAGCAGAGGAAUUGGCAAUUAUAUUUGCAACAAGAACACAAUGUUGGCACACGCUAAAGCCUGGCGGAUAUACGACAAGGAGUUUAGACCAAAAUAUACAGGUAAGGUGUCCCUCACCAACCAAAUCAUGUGGUUUGAGGGAGCUGAUGAAAAUGACGGGGAAGCGGCUAAACUGGCUCUACAGUUAAUGGGAGGAUUGUACUCACACCCAAUCUACUCUAAGAAAGGCGGCUGGCCUGAGCAAAUAGAAAGACUCAUAGCGGAAAAGAGUAAAGAAGAGGGUUACCCACAAUCCAAAUUGCCAGAACUUACAGAAGAAGAAAAAGAAUUAAUAAGAGGCACAUAUGAUUUCUUCGGCUUGAACUACUAUACCUCACGAACUGCUCGCCGUGCCCGAGGAGAAGUUGUUGGUCCUUGGCCUCUCUUCGGUGGACCAGACAUUGAUGUCAUAAUAUCAGUGCGUCCAGAAUGGCCGCAGGCUGGCACCAGCUGGUUCUAUGUACACCCGCAAGGUUUACGGAAACUAAUUUCUUGGGUGAAAGAACAGUAUGGGGACAUAGAAAUCUUCAUAGCAGAGAACGGCUUUGCCACCCAUGGCCAGGAUUUAGACGAUCAAGACCGCGUGGAUUACUAUAAGAGCCAUUUAGAACAGGUUCACCUCGCAAUUGAAGAAGAUAAGGCCAAUGUCGUAGCAUACACAGCUUGGACGAUGAUAGACAACUUUGAAUGGAGCGAUGGCUAUCGUUCCAAAUUCGGUUUGUACAAAGUGGACUUCAGCGACCCAGCCCGCGCCCGGCGCCCGAGAGCCUCCGCACAGUUCUACAAAGAGAUUGUGAAAGCGAAAUCAUUAGAUGUAGAUAGUCAUGUAUUAGAUGAUGAAUUAUAGUAAAAAUAUACUACGUUAUGUGAUUUGACUGACGGGGAAAUAAAAAAAAAAAAACAAACAAGUGCGAGCCGGACUCGCCCGUGAAGGGUUCCGUAGCAGCAAGCAGAUGACGUAAUAUAAAAGUUAUUGUAGCGCGUUGUAACUUGUCCAUGUUUUAAUAAAAAAAAUAACUUGGCUUUACAAAGUGUCUGUAUGAACGACAGAGUUGUGUAUUAUUUCUUAAAAACUAAUAAUGACAUCUCUUUCAAACCAGUUUUAGUUGAAAGUUUCCAUUAAAAUAUACAGCA